CAUUAAGAAAAAAAUCAUAAAUACAUACAGAAUAUUCAUCUGUCUAAAUAAUGUCUGGUUUUCGUCCUGAAUUUUCAGGAAGUGUAUCUAACAAUUUAUCUUGUAUGUAAGGGAAUAAUUAAAAAAUGUGGAAAUUAAUGGAAAGAUAUAUAAGUAGAGAUAAAGACACAAUCUAAAUGAGUGUAGUAAAUCAUAUAGAGUAUACUUUAGCUAAAACAAGAUUCGACUUUACUCUUUUGCAUUGUUAUUAAGCUGUUUCUAGAUCUGUCAGAGAUAGAUUAAUUGAAUCUUUUAAUGAUACAUAUGCAUAUUUUAAUGAAAAAGAUGUUAAAUAUAUAUGCUAUCUUUCACUUGAAUAUUUAAUUGGAAGAUGCCUUUAAAAUGCUAUUGUUAAUAUUGAAUUGGAAGAUUAAUAUAAAGAAGCAAUGAUGUAAUUAGGCUUUAAUUUGGAGUCUAUUUAUGAACAAGAAAUAGAUCCAGCUCUUGGAAAUGGAGGAUUAGGGCGUUUAGCUGCAUGCUUUUUAGAUUCUCUUGCUACUCUUAACUAUCCUGCAUGGGGAUAUGGUCUUAGAUAUAGUUAUGGUAUAUUCAGACAAUAAAUAAAAGAUGGUAAUCAAGUAGAGGUACCUGAUUAUUGGUUAGAUAGAGGUAAUCCUUGGGAAAUAGAAAGAUCUGAUGUUUCUUAUUAAAUAAGAUUUUACGGAAAUGUGCGUAAAAUCGUAGUUGACGGAAAGGAAAAAUCCAUAUGGGAAGGAGGAGAAAUAAUAAUGGCAAAAGCAUAUGAUAAUCCCAUUCCUGGUUAUAAUACUUUUAAUUCUAUCGGACUUAGAUUAUGGAGAUCAGUACCUGCUCAUGAAUUUGAUUUUAAUUCCUUCAAUUAAGGAGAUUAUUUCAAGGCUUUAGAAAAUAGAUAAAGAGCAGAAUAUAUAACAAGUGUCCUUUAUCCUAAUGAUAGUAAUUAUUCAGGAAAAGAACUUAGAUUGAAACAAUAAUACUUAUUAGUAUCUGCUACUAUAUAGGAUUGUAUAAGAAGAUUCAAAAAAAAAAAAAGAGAUUGGAAAUGCUGGUCUAAAGUAAUCGCUAUGUAACUAAAUGAUACUCACCCUGCUCUAGCAAUAGUAGAGUUGAUGAGAAUUUUAAUCGAUGUUGAAGGACUUGAAUAUGAAAAUGCUUGGGAAAUUGUAUAUAAUUCAUUUGCUUAUACUAAUCAUACUAUUUUACCUGAAGCUUUAGAAAAAUGGGGAAUUUAGAUCUUAGAAAAUCUACUUCCUAGACAUUUAGAAAUCAUAUAUUAUAUAAAUUAUGUAUUCCUUGAAAAAAUAUCCAGAAAAUAUCCCGGAGAUUGGAGAAAAAUGUCCGUAUUAUCCCUUGUUGAAGAAAGUGAACCCAAAAAGAUAAGAAUGGCUAAUUUAUCAAUUGUCGGUUCUCAUGCAGUAAACGGAGUUGCCGCUUUACAUUCCCAACUUUUAACCACAACUCUAUUUAAAGAUUUUUUCGAGUUAAAUCCUAAUAAGUUUUAAAAUAAAACAAAUGGAGUAACCCCUAGAAGAUGGAUUAGAUGUGCAAAUCCAGGUUUGGCAAAAUUACUUAACCAAGUAGUAGGAAAUGAUGAAUGGCUUUUAGAUAUGGAAAUUUUGAAAGAAUAUAAACAUAUUAUUAAUGAUUAGAAGAUUUAGGUAUAAUGGUAGUCGAUUAAAAGAUAAAAUAAGGAAAAACUUUAUUGGUGGGUUAAAGAUAGAUGCGGAGUAGAUUUAAAUAUUGAUAGUUUGUUUGAUAUAUAAGUUAAGAGAAUCCAUGAGUAUAAGAGAUAGUUUAUGAACAUUAUAUAUUGUAUAAAGAGGUAUUUGGAUAUCAAAAAUACACCCGCAGAAUAGAGAAAAGCUAAGUUUGUCCCAAGAUCGAUUAUGUUUGGAGGAAAAGCAGCUCCAGGUUAUUAUACAGCAAAGUAAAUUAUCAAAUUAAUCAAUGCAGUUGCUUAAAAAGUUAAUAAUGAUUAAGAUAUUGGAGAUUUACUUAAAGUGGUAUUCUUACCUAAUUAUAAUGUUUCGAAUGCUUAGGUUAUUAUUCCUGCUAGUGAACUUUCGUAGCAUAUUUCUACUGCAGGGUUAGAAGCUUCUGGUACUUCUAAUAUGAAAUUCUGAUGAACGGUUGUCUUAUUAUAGGUACUAUGGAUGGUGCAAAUGUAGAAAUUGCGGAAGAAGUCGGCGACGAAAAUAUGUUUAUUUUUGGAGCUUUAGUUGAUUAAAUACCUAAACUUAGGGAAAAAAUGAGAAGCUUAGAAGCUAAGGAUUACUUCAAUUAAAACUUGAAUGAUGUCUUAGAUGCUAUUAGUAGCGGAUUGUUUGGAUAUAAAAAUGAAAUGGAUUAACUUUUAGAUACUAUUAGAAAUAAAAAUGAUUUUUAUUUAAUUGGGGGUGAUUUCUAAUCUUAUUGUGAAGCUUAAGAAAAGGUUGAUUAAUUAUAUAGAAAUCCAACAGAAUGGACCAAAAAAUCAAUUCUUAAUACUUUACUUUCAGGUAAAUUUAGUAGUGAUAGAACUAUUAAAUAAUAUGCAGAAGAAAUAUGGAAUAUUGAACCUUGCGAAGUUGUAAAUCCUUCACAUUAGGAAAGAGAUAGAUAUGUCUCUAAAUCAUGAGGAAAAUAUUGAAAAAACAAAAAUAUAUAAAUAUAUUUUUGUUUUAAUAUAAUUUUAUUUUUAUUAUAUUUAUUUCUUUUAAUUUUUAUAUUUGCUAUCUAAAUUAUUUAGUAUAUAUUUAUCAUUAAAUUAAUUUUUAGAAUUAUUA